AUGAGCUUUAUGGAUCAAAUCCCAGGAGGAGGAAAUUAUCCAAAACUCCCAGUAGAAUGCCUUCCUAACUUCCCGAUCCAACCAUCUUUGACCUUCAGAGGUAGAAAUGACUCGCAUAAACUGAAAAACUUUAUCUCCGAAAUAAUGUUAAACAUGUCUAUGAUAUCUUGGCCGAAUGAUGCCAGUCGUAUUGUGUACUGCAGAAGACAUUUAUUAAACCCCGCUGCUCAGUGGGCUAAUGACUUUGUACAAGAACAAGGUAUACUUGAAAUAACAUUCGACACAUUCAUACAAGGAUUAUAUCAGCAUUUCUAUAAGCCACCAGAUAUCAAUAAAAUCUUUAAUGCAAUCACGCAACUUUCCGAAGCUAAACUUGGUAUUGAGCGUCUCAACCAACGAUUCAGAAAGAUUUGGGACAGAAUGCCACCAGACUUCAUGACCGAAAAAGCUGCCAUAAUGACAUAUACUAGGCUAUUGACAAAGGAAACCUAUAAUAUUGUCAGAAUGCACAAACCAGAGACAUUAAAAGACGCCAUGGAAGAGGCUUACCAGACAACUGCACUAACUGAAAGAUUCUUCCCAGGAUUCGAACUUGAUGCUGAUGGAGACACUAUCAUCGGUGCCACAACCCACUUACAAGAAGAAUACGACUCUGACUAUGAUUCAGAAGAUAAUCUGACCCAGAAUGGAUACGUCCAUACCGUAAGGACAAGAAGAUCUUACAAUAAACCAAUGUCAAAUCAUCGAAACAGGAGAAAUAACAACCCAUCUAGAGAAGAAUGUAUAAAAAAUCGGCUAUGCUUCUAUUGUAAGAAAGAGGGACAUCGCCUGAACGAAUGUAGAGCACGUAAGGCGAGUUCUAACCGAUCUUGA